AAUAACAGCAGCAGUAGUAGUAAUAACAGCAGCAGCAGUAGUAGUAAUAGCAGCAGCAGCAGUAGUAGUAAUAGCAGCAGCAGCAGUAGUAGUAAUAGCAGUAGUAGUAGUAAUAGCAGCAGCAGCAGUAGCAGUAGUAAUAGCAGUAGCAGCAGCAGUAGUAGUAAUAUCAGUAGCAGCAGUAGUAGUAAUAGCAGCAGCAGCAGUAGUAGUAAUAGCAGCAGCAGCAGUAGUAGUAAUAACAGCAGUAGUAGUAAUAGCAGCAACAGCAGUAGUAAUAGUAAUAGCAACAGCAGUAGUAGUAAUAGCAGCAGUAGUAGUAAUAGCAGUAGUAGUAGUAAUAGCAGCAGCAGCAGUAGUAGUAAUAGCAGCAGCAGCAGUAGUAGUAAUAUCAGCAGUAGUAGUAAUAGCAGCAACAGCAGUAGUAAUAGUAAUAGCAACAGCAGCAGUAGUAAUAGCAGCAACAGCAGUAGUAGUAAUAGCAGCAGUAGUAGUAGUAAUAGCAGCAGUAGUAGUAGUAAUAGCAGCAGUAGUAGUAGUAAUAGCAGCAGUAGUAGUAGUAAUAGCAGCAGUAGUAGUAAUAGCAGUAGCAGCAGUAGUAGUAAUAGCAGCAACAGCAGUAGUAGUAAUAGCAGCAGUAGUAGUAGCAGCAGUAGUAGUAAUAGCAGCAGUAGUAGUAGCAGCAGCAGCAGUAGUAAUAGCAGCAGUAGUAGUAGCAGCAGCAGUAGUAGUAGUAAUAGCAGCAGUAGUAGUAGCAGCAGCAGCAGUAGUAUUAGCAGCAGCAGUAGUAGUAGUAAUAGCAGCAGUAGUAGUAGUAGUAAUAGCAGCAACAGCAGUAGUAGUAAUAGCAGCAGUAGUAGUAAUAGCAGCAGUAGUAGUAGCAGCAGCAGCAGUAGUAAUAGCAGCAGUAGUAGUAAUAGCAGCAGUAGUAGUAAUAGCAGCAGUAGUAGUAGCAGCAGCAGCAGUAGUAAUAGCAGCAGCAGUAGUAAUAGCAGCAGUAGUAGUAAUAGCAGCAGUAGUAGUAGCAGCAGCAGCAGUAGUAAUAGCAGCAGCAGCAGCAGUAGUAAUAGCAGCAGCAGUAGUAGUAGUAAUAGCAGCAACAGCAGUAGUAGUAAUAGCAGCAACAGCAGUAGUAGUAAUAGCAGCAGUAGUAGUAAUAGCAGCAGUAGUAGUAGUAAUAGCAGC